AUGGGUAAUGAUGGUGGCAGUAUUCCGACUCGCCGCGAGCUCGUUCGCGAGGCAGCCCGUGCCCCGAGCACGGCGCAAGUAAAAGAGACUCAGCGCGAGCAGCAAGAGCACUCCUGGACUACUUGCCCGCUCUCACACAAGUCCCUCUCUCGGCCAAUUGUAUCAGACUCAGUCGGAAAUCUUUAUAACAAGGACGCCAUUCUCCAGUUCCUGCUUCCCGGCGACGAUGUCGAGGGGAUCAGCUCUAAGGCAGACUGCGAGGAGAUUCUAUGCGGGCGAGUGAAGUCGCUCCGGGAUGUGGUUGAGAUGAAGUUCGAAAUCGACACUGAGCUCCCCGAGCACCCCUCAGGCCGUGCUUAUGCGCCCCGUGAGCGUCGCGAGGGCUGGAUCUGCCCGGUCACCGCCAAGCCGUUGGGCCCGAGUGUGAAGUCUGUGUACCUGGUGCCGUGUGGACAUGUAUUUGCAGAGGAGGCUAUCCGACAGCUCAAAGGCGACAAGUGCUUACAGUGCAACGAACCCUACAUCGAAGACAAUAUCAUUAACAUCCUUACCACCAAAAAAGAAGAUAAGGAACGUCUGAUUGCGCGAGGCCAUAAACUCGCUGAACAAGGCCUAACGCAUUCCCUCAAGAAAGCCCCCGGCUCAAAGAAGCGCAAGAAGAACGCCUCCGCGGAGGGAGUAGCUGAUGCUCCCGGUACCAUAGAGCCUGCUGGAUUGGUAGUACCUAAGCAAUCCUCGGAUCCUAAAAGUCGAAGCAACACUUCCACACCAGUGCCUAAUACUGCUUCUAGCAAUGGAAUCAAGAACGCCGCUACUUCUUCGCUCACUGCCCGUGUGUUGGCGGAGGAGAAUGAGAAGAAGAAGCGCCGGAAGAUGAUGGGUGGGAAUGAGAAUCUCGACAGUCUCUUCACGAAGAAGGACGGCGGGUCCAAGAAUCGUGAUUUCAUGACAAGAGGAUUUUCUAUAUCAUGA